AAAAGCGACAAAUUUUGUUAUAGAACCACAAAACAAAGAGCGACGAAAGUAAGCAGGAGCUCAGCAUGCAACCAGAUUCAAGCAGCGAGUCGGCAUCUGAAGACGAGUCGGCUCCAAUAGCUGACGCUGUAACCCAAUGUUAUUAUGAUAACGCCAUUGCGGAGUCACUAGCGGAGAACAUGUAUAAUCUAGCCGUGGAGUCGGACCAAGAUGAUGACUACGAUGAUUUGAAUCCAUCGUCUUCUUCUCGACCACCACCGCUGCCGUUUGUUUUUGAUAACUACGCAGAAGACGAUUCUGAAGAAUCUGAUAUCGAUAACAAGAUAAGCAAAAUUGCGGGCUUGGAUCAUCUGGUUGUGAACAGUGCUCUUUGGUACGAGCAUGUAAAGCCACACUUGACUGAACCGGAACGAGAGCAGUUGUGGAACAGGACUCCUUGGAAAGAAAAAUUUUAUUGGGAUGACUCCGAUGACACUGAUACUGAUUACGCUGAAGCUGCUCCUCCGCUAUUUAAGUACUACAUCGCACUUAUUUAAAAAAAAAAAUGUAUUUAAGCUAUUUUUUGUUAAUGGAUAUCAUAUUAUUUUGGAUUCUUUACAAGCCCUUUCAAGUAUAGCCAAUUGGAAGUAGGGCAAUGCGAAGUUGGAGUGUUAUAUACAUAUAUGUGUAGAUUAUGUAUUCUACGAAAAAUAAUUUAGAUUAUAUCUUUUUUAAAUUAGUU